UGUUCUGUAUCGGUAAAUUUUCAGUUUCUGAAUCGAAAAGUUUUCAAUUUCUGUGUCGAAAACUUCGGAAAGACUCCCAGAAGUUCAAUUCGUAGCUCCGACUCCGAAUCACACCGUGUUCCACCAGACCGCCACCUACGGUAGUAGGUGGUUAGCCUGAUACCAAGUUUGACUUGGAGAUUCUUCCUAAUUUCAUCGAUUCACAAAGUUGUGGUUAGUGUUGCAAGGCCAGGAAUGGCGUCGGAUGUUGCUGAAUUCCUGUGGAACAAGUUCUUGAAGUCUCUAGCAGAGAUGGAGUCUGAAUUAGCAGGUACUAUUACCAUCCCUUUCUUCGACUCGAUAAAAGAUCUCAUGAAAUGCUUCAACGAAAUCAAAGGUGUUAUGAAUGAGAUAGAUAUCAUGCCGGAACCAUAUACCUACUCUAAAACUAUUGAUGUGCUCUACAAGCUCAACGAUGCAUUGGCGGAGUGCCGAGUGUUCACACUUGAGUGCAAGGAACUUAAUAAGAAUGUGUUAAGCUUCUAUGUUCCAAGAAUUAGAUUUGUUGGAAGGAUGAAGACUAAGGUGAAGGAUAUAGGGGAGCUUCUGAAGCCGGAUCUGAAAAUGGGGGCGCCGCAAGAAGAAACUGGCAAAUCUCCGGAGAUAAUCGAACCUAAAGUUUUGUCAAAAGUUUUUGGAUUUGAUAAGGAAGCCAAGGAGAUUGAGAACCUUCUGGUGGGGGGUGCUAGUUCUAGCAGUACAAGAUUUACGGCAAUUGGGGUAGUGGGAAUUGCUGGUGCGGGUAAGACAACCCUGGUGCAGAAAGUUUUGGAGAGAGAGGGAGUGAAGGAGAGGUUUAGUACUAUACUUUGGUUGCCCUUUUAUGGUAUAAGUGAAGGAGAACAACAAUACAGUAAGCUCGGCUUUAAGACAUGUAUUCUUGACAAGGGGGGCAAAUCCCCUGAUGAGAAGAUUGUUGGCCUGGGGAAGCUCUUGGAAAGGCUGAAGCAACUGUUAUCGGGUAAAAGGUAUUUGAUUGUGUUGGAUGAUGUGUGUCAUCAGCACAUUAACAUUAUGGAACGCUUAGUCAGUGGAUUGCCUAAAGAAAGUGGUGGCGCUGUCAUUGUCACUAGCAGGUUGAAGGAAGUGGCUCAAAAGAUUGGGGAACAACGAUACCUGAUUCCUGUUCAGGCACAGGAAGAUAUUUGCUCGAAAAUAAUUGAGGAGACUAUACAGAGUGAUGAGGGAUUGCCAAUGACUAAGAAGGAAAUGAAGGAUCAAUGCCAUGGUCUACCAUUGGUUGCAGAAACACUCGCACAUUUUAUUCCUCAAAUGGUAUAGGGGUUAGUAUUAAUUUUACAUGCUACUUAAACUUUACCUGCUGAGUGCUUACCUUGGCACCCUAGUCUAUAUAUCCUGAUCUCUUCUCAAAUUGCUUCAAUAAUAUAUAACUUUGAGUUAAAUUUGUGA